AUGAGUUUGUUUUUUAUCAAGAGUCAAUUUAACGGUCGUGUUCUCGAUGUCGAAGAUGGUUCUACUGAGGACGAAGCCAACAUCAUUGUUUAUCAUCAAAAGUAUGAAGACAGUUUUAACCAAUUGUGGCGUUACGAAGAUGGUUACUUUAUCAAUGCAAAGAGCGCCAAGGUGUUGGACAUCAGUGGUGGUGAAAUGAACCCCGAGUCUCAAAUCAUCCAAUACUCUCAAAAGGACUAUGAAGAAGCUGCCAACCAAAGAUGGCAAAUUGAUGAAGAAGGCUACAUCUUCUGUAUGGCUCGUCCUGACUUGGUCUUGGAUAUCCAAGGUGGUGAAGAUGGUGACUGUGUUCCCGUUAUUUUGUACGAAAGACGUGAAGGUGAAGUUUCUGCUAACCAACGUUGGGUUUUGGAACCUUUUGAAGGUUAA